AUGACAAACCUAUUUCAAUGUCUUUAUGUUCGUGAAGUGGUAUCUUUUGCUCCAGCUAUCGAUUUCCAUGUUAAAGGUGAAUUUCCUUUUUCAAAACUUCCAAAUGGAAUCCAAUUUUUUGAUUACAACAUUGGAAAUUUAAAAAAACUCCCAGACUAUAGAACAUUUGAUUAUACAGAUAUUUAUUAUUUUUCAUGUUAUGCUCAUCCAUUAACACAAGAUUUACCAAAAUGGGAUGGCUCAAAAAAUAAUAUAACAACAUUAAUGUUAUCGCAAAAUUCACUAACUGGUACCAUUGACGAAUCAUAUUGUUCUGUUAUUUUAAUAGUAUACAGUAAUCUAUUGACAGGUUGGAAAAUUGCUUUUAGUUUUAUUUUGAAUAAUAAAAACGCUAUCCAUUCUCUUAAUAAAGAGAAAAAGAGACAAAAAGAGAUUAAUUAA